AUGGCGCUGUGUCAGACCAGAUUACAGCAAGAGCGCAAGCUAUGGCGCAAAGAUCACCCGUUUGGCUUCUACGCGCGACCUGUCCGCACAAAGGAAGGCGUCUUGGACCUGAAAAAGUGGGAGUGCGGUGUACCCGGCAAGGACAAGACUAUUUGGGAGGGUGGCCUGUUUAAGCUGGUUGUGACUUUCCCCGAUGAAUACCCGAUCAAGCCUCCAAAGUGCCGAUUUACUCCGCCACUGUUCCACCCGAAUGUGUACCCGUCUGGCACCGUCUGUCUGUCGAUUCUCAACGAGGCGGAGGCAUGGAAGGCGACGAUUACAGUCAGGCAGGUUUUGCUGGGCAUUCAGGAGCUGUUGGACGAUCCGAAUCCCGAUUCGCCGGCGCAAUCCGAGGCAUACAAUCUGUUCAAGCGCAACCGAGUCGAGUACGAGAAGCGCGUGCGCCGCGUGGUGCGCGAAAACCCGGCACCGUGA